AUGGGUAUGAGCGUCGGCGGGCACUCGACUUCCUCCAGCAGCCAGCCUUCAGCAAUCAACAGCGCCCAUUGGAAUCAGCAGCUUGUGAAAGCGGAGAUUUCGAGGGCUUCUUCCUCUCCACAUCAUCAUGCCAGAGCAGCUGCUCUGGCUGCUAGAAGCGCCACAUCUGCCGCCAUAGCCAUCCAAGAUCCGAACAAGGCUGGACGCGGAGCAGCCAAUGGCUUGCACUUGUCGAGCAGUCUGAAGAAGGACAACGCCGACGCAGCGAGCGAGGAUGGAGGUCACGCUAAUGGCAGAGCGGGUGCCAAUGGCAAGGCAGAGUCUGACAAGAAAGAGAAGAGCGGAGGCUGGACAACUAUCGACAUGGGUGGAUUGGGCCUCAAGAACCUGGCCAAGGAGGUGUUCAGGUACGAUUUCCUUACCUCGCUCUUUGUCAAUCACAAUGCUCUCUCCACAAUUUCCCCAGCCAUUAUGCAGCUGAAGAACUUGGCGAUCUUGGACGCGUCCGGAAACCGCCUAGUCAACCUGCCGCCGGAGAUGGGCAUGCUCACACAGUUGAGAGAGCUCUUCUUGUUCGACAACCAGCUCGAGACGCUUCCUCCCGAAAUGGGCACACUUUACCAGCUAGAGCUGCUGGGUGUGGAAGGCAAUCCUAUGCAGGAAAAUUUGCUCUCACUGGUGCAAAAGGACGGCACGCAAGCCUUGAUCGCUCACUUGCGGGAUACAUGCCAGGUGCCAAUGCCACCACCAGAAAGGGAGUGGAUCAAUAUUGAUGCGGAUUUGCCGCCCCCUCCGCCUGCCAAUGAAGAUGGCACACCAGUCCCACCUGGAGAAGUCUUCAACGUGCUAUCGUACAAUGUCCUCUGCGAACGGUAUGCGACUCCUCAGAUGUACGGCUACACGCCGAGCUGGGCAUUGGCUUGGGACUACAGGAAGGAGUUCAUCCUUCAAGAAGUCAUGAGCUACUCUGCCGACAUUUGCUGCCUGCAAGAAGUGGAUUCGGAGCAGUACGAGGACUACUUUUUGCACCACCUGUCCCAACAAGACUAUGAGGGCGUCUUCUGGCCCAAGAGUAGAGCGCGGACGAUGAGGGACGAGGAGAGGAGAAGGGUAGACGGUUGCGCUACUUUUUUCAAAUCUAACAAGUAUGCUCUGAUCGAAAAGCAGCUGAUCGAGUUCAACCAGACUGCUCUUCAAAGACCUGAUUUCAAAAAGACGGAGGACAUGUUCAACAGGGUCAUGACCAAGGACAACAUUGCUACGGUCUCGCUUUUAGAAAACAGACAGAGUGGAUCGAGGUUGAUCGUGGCCAAUGCGCACAUCUAUUGGGACCCCGAAUUCAGAGACGUGAAGCUAGUCCAAACCGCGAUGCUGAUGGACGAGCUAGAAAAGAUCGCAGCCAGGUUCGCGAAGUUUCCACCAAAGUUGGAUUUGGCGGAAGGGUAUCCACCUGCGCCAAAGUACUCCGACGGAACAAAGAUCCCAACCAUCGUAUGCGGUGACUUCAAUUCUGUUCCCAAGUCUGGCGUUUACGAGUACCUGUCUGGAGGAGCGAUUCGGGGCGAUCAUGAGGACUUCAUGUCGCACAUUUACGGCAACUAUACUUCGGAAGGACUUGGCCACAAGUUGCCACUCAAGAGCGCCUACGCCAAUAUGGGAGAGAUGGAGUUCACCAACUACACGCCUGGGUUCGAAGGUUGCAUUGACUAUAUAUGGUACAAUCAGAAUGCUCUGGCGGUCACAGGUUUGUUGGACGGUGUGGACAAAGGCUACUUGGAAAAGGUCGUCGGCUUUCCGAACGCCCACUAUCCUAGCGAUCACAUCUGUAUCCUGAGCGAGUUUAGGGUCAAACAUCCGAAAGAUCCGCCCGCAUCGAGACCUGCAAAUUUCGGCAACUCUUUCUCCAACAGGGAUAGGAGAUGA